AUGUUCAGGAAGACAAGCUUUCACGCCUUCUUGCAUGUCGUACGAAAUGAGGGUUUCUUGGCACUUUAUAAUGGAUUGAGCGCAGGACUACUCAGACAGGCCACAUACACAACAACAAGACUUGGAAUAUACACGUGGAUGCUUGAAAGCUUCACAAAGAAGGACAAGCCAUUAUCAUUUCCAGCAAAAGCAGCGUUAGGCAUGACAGCGGGAGCUUGUGGAGCGAUGGUCGGCACUCCUGCUGAUGUUGCUUUGAUUCGAAUGACAGGAGACGGACAUCUACCGCCAGAACAGCGGAGAAAUUACAAGAACGUAAUCGAGGCACUGUAUCGCAUAGCCAGGGAGGAAGGCAUUCUCACAUGGUUUCGGGGUUGUGGACCAACAGUGCUGCGUGCAAUGGUAGUUAAUGCUGCGCAAUUGGGAACAUAUUCACACGCCAAACAGUUAAUCCUUCAGACGAAAAAAGUUCAAGAU